UGAUAAUAAAAUCAAAUUUAACUUUCCAUUUAAAAAAAUAAUAAUUCUCUUUAUAUGUAUCUUCAUUUUAUAAAGCUCCUGUUAGGUAUAUAACAAACAAGUAUAUAUGUACAUAUAAAUACUUGCCAAGUAUUAGGUUUUACUUCUUCAGCAUGGAUUUGAAAGCUGUGGUUGUCUCUGGAGAAGCAUCAGAAUCAGAUGAUGAUGGUGGAAGCAUUGUUACUGACACAGGAUUUCCUUCUGUACAAACACCUAAGUAUUGUGGUACUAUAAUUUCUGGUGAAGCUUCAGAAUCUGAUGAUGAUGGAACAAGUUUUAGCAGUGUCAUUGAUGCAGUGGAUGCUAUGGCUUGUAUGCCUUAUGCUGAGGUACCAAAAUCAAAAAAAUGUUCUGUAAAAUACAAUAGUUUACUUCAUAAAAAAUUGUAUGAAUGCAACAAAACAUUGGAUAGAGACUUUACCCAAAUGGUUGAAGGAACAGUUAAUACUGCCAUUCAAGAAUUGUCAACUGUUAAUCGACAGCUGCUAAAAAAUGAAUUAAUUCUUCAAGAAGCUGUUUGUCAAUUACGUAUCGCCUGCAGUCGAACGAAAGAUGCUUCAAAUGCAUUACAGCAACUCAUAGACAGCAAUUUUUUACAUUCAAUUAAAACUUAAUUUAUGUGAAUGUAUUUUGUUACAUAUUAUUCAAAUAUAUAAUAGAUAAUAAUGAUAACAAUCAUAAUACUAAUAAUAAUAACAUUAGUAAUAUUACCUUAAUAUAAUGUGAUAAAUAUCGGUAUUAAAAAAGCGUGGUACUCUGAGGAUUUAAUGGGUAGGAUAUUGUUGAGCAUUGGUUUUCCUUUAAUUGGCAGUUCUAUUAAAUAUAUUAAUUGUUUUCUAGUACGUCUUAAAAAAAUGUAAAUAAAA